ACACAAAAAAGCAGAACAUUAUCCAAAUUAUGAACAGAGGAGAGGCAGAGCAAGAAGAAGAAUUCAGUGAAUGGGUAGUGAUACAAACCUCACCCAAAUCCCCACGUACUGACGCAUCUACCCUUCAAAACUCACCGAUAUUACAACCAAGCCAUCGCCGUGAAAAUCCAACGACCAACGACGACGAUGAUGAUGAUGAUGAAGAUUCUGUUGUCCCCUCCACCGUGAAUCUUUCUCUUCCGUGGCGAGUGAUUGAAACUACCAAAAAGCGGUUGAUCAAAAACUCAGUGUGCGUCUUUCAGGCCGUCGAAAGGGUGCGUUGUAGUUACCUAACUCGUAAAAGAGUGUUUUGGUCAUUAACCCUCAUUGGAGGCUUCUCGUUGGUCUUGAGCCUUGUCUAUGUGAAGCUCGUGAGAUGGUGGAGACGACUACAUGAAGAGAAGCUGAGAUUUCUGCUUCGUUUGCUCAGAGAGAAAGAUCAGGUGAAAACUAAGGGGAAGCGAAGUGAGAAAUUUCAAGAAGCUGUACUCUUCUCAAGAAUACAUAUUGAUUGUUUUAAAGACAAAGGAAGUGCUAGCGCAACGAAUUGUUGGAGUAAACAGCUAUGGGAAUUAACGUGGCUUCAUGUUAACAACAUUGCUCCAUCCAUGCGACCCAAGGUGUUCCCUGAUCACGAACCUUCAGAAUUUACACAACUUGGAAGUGAAGAAACCGUCUCAACCCCCUUUGAACUGCUCCAACAGUUUGAGCAUCUAGUCAACGAACCUCCACAUAUUAGGACUUCCGGCCAUGCAAUUCAGAUAUUGGGACUUCCUUCUAGCUUGGUGGCUUUAAGUAAUUCUCUGAGUAAUGGCUCCGUUUUCGGUGCUCCUGCUCGUCAAGAUGCUUCAAUGGUGUUCUUGAACUACCGGGGAGAGCAACUGCGUUACAGCUUCGUGAGCCACCUCAUUGAUGCUUUUGAAAGGAAUGAGAUAAACUUUUUCGUAGACAAAUACGAACAGAGAGGCAAAGACCUCAAAAAUCUCUUUCUUAGGAUCCAAGAAUCGAGGAUCGCGUUGGCCAUCUUCUCUACGAGAUACACCGAGUCGAGCUGGUGUAUGGAUGAGUUGGUAAAGAUUAAGAAACUUGCUGAUAAAGGAAAGCUCCAUGUCAUUCCAAUCUUCUACAAGGUGAAGGUAGAAGACGUUAGAAAACAGACAGGUGAGUUUGGCGACAACUUCUGGACGCUCGCAAAGGUUUCGAGUGGAGAUCAGAUCAAGAAAUGGAAAGAAGCCUUGGAAUGUAUCUCCAACAAGAUGGGUUUGUCGUUGGGAGACAAGAGCUAUGAAGCCGAUUUUGUCAAGGAAGUUGUUAAGGCGGUUCAGAGUGUUGUAGCAGAAAUUGGACUUGAGGAAGAAGAGAAUCAUUUUGGGAAAAAGAAGAGAAAGGAUUGCAAAUGUGAACUUCCUGAUUUCAAGAAAAGCAGAACCAAAAAGUUGUGACGUAGGAAAAUGUUCUGCAAUUUGUAUGGAUAUAGACUGUUUUUUCUAGUUGUGUUUUAUUUAUUGAAGGUACUUUAAUUUUCUCUAAUAUUUUACUUAUUAAUUUUCAACAGAUUCGGAUUAAUCAAUUAAUUAAGGUCUU